GUCAGCCCACACCGAACCGAUUUAAAACGUCAGUGCUUUACAUUUGAACUCACGGGCCGCCCAAAGCACGGUUCUUCAGUAUCAUACACUGUUACCUUCAGAUCAGGAAAGGAGGAGCCAUGGAAAUGGGCAAACGAGCACUUCUCAACUUCCGAUGGCCAUCUCAUCUAUCAGUCAUCAGAACCAUUGGAUGACAACUUGACAUGGUAUCUUGAAAAUCUUCCACCAUUUCUCACUGUCUCAAAGGAGCAAAGUGACACACCUAAUACUCAACUAUGGGACAUCUCCUACCCAAUCGGAGCAGCCUCUAGCAAAACACCUGGUCAAUCACGCGAAAAACUGGGCAAGCCCACGAACCUCUCUCGGUGGUUUGCGGCAAUUCGCCUGUGGGCUCCGUGGAUUGCACCUAGACAAGGCAAAGAUCGCUUCCAGCCUGACAAAGAGGCCAUUUUGGCUGCAUUUGAGCGACAUGACGGGUCACACUUGGUGAUUCUAGCAAUCAGUGGAGUUGGGGAUAUUCUCACUACCCUCAAUCACGAUGGCGCUGGAAAUAUCGUAAUGAAUUCCACAAACGAUGCCGACAAGGAUGGAACUGUUCGCCUUGUUGCUACGGUUGGCAAGAAUGUGGAAGAUGCAAUUGCUGCCUCAAUGUACUAUGCACGCAGGCUUGUAAUGGCUUACGAAGAGUCUACUGGGCAAAUUGAUGAGGAGACAAAGGCUCUGGUCGACGACUUCAAGCCCCAAUGGCUGGAGAACUGGUACGACGGAUUGUCAUACUGUACUUGGAAUGGACUGGGUCAAAAACUCACAGAGGAUAAAAUCUUUGACGCAUUGGAAUCUCUGCAAAAGAACGAGAUCAAUAUCAGCAACCUUAUCAUCGACGACAACUGGCAGUCAUUGAACACAGAAGGUGGCGACCAGUUCGACAACGCAUGGAUGGAGUUUGAAGCCAACAAGAAUGGCUUUCCCCGCGGUCUCAAGGCUACAGUAGGCCAUAUCCGAGACAAGUACAAGCACAUCAAACACGUCGCAGUCUGGCAUGCCAUGUUCGGCUACUGGGGUGGUGUAGCCCCCGAAGGACGUAUCGCAAAAGAGUACAAGACGACAACCGUCAAACUCAAAGACGGAGUCUCGGGUGGCGAGAUCGUAGUAGUUGCCGAAGAGGACGUCGACCGCUUCUACAAAGACUUUUACCAAUUCCUAUCUUCCUGCGGAGUCGACUCCGUAAAGACAGACGCCCAAUUCUUCCUCGACGAACUCCAAGACGCAGACGACCGCCGCAAACUAGUCAAGUCCUUCCAAGACGCCUGGUCCAUCGCCCAACUCCGCUACUUCUCCGCCCGAGCAAUAUCCUGCAUGUCGCAAGCACCCCCUUUAAUCUUCCACUCCCAACUUCCCUCCAACAAACCCCGCAUGCUCCUCCGCAACUCGGACGACUUCUUCCCCGAAGUCCCCGCCAGCCACCCCUGGCACAUCUUCUGCAACGCCCACAACUCGCUCCUCACACAAUACCUCAACAUCCUCCCAGACUGGGACAUGUUCCAAACAAGCCACGACUACGCCGCUUUUCACGCCGCAGGCCGCUGCGUCUCCGGCGGCCCCAUCUAUAUCACUGACGUCCCCGGUCACCACGAUAUCAACCUCAUUUCUCAAAUGACGGGUAACACCCCACGCGGCGACACCGUCAUCCUGCGUCCCCACACCGUCGGCAAAAGCACUUCGGCAUACAAUGCCUACGACGACGCUGUCUUGCUUAAAGUAAGCACGUACGUCGGUAGAGCACACACCGGCGUGUCUAUCCUAGGUAUCUUCAACUGCACUCCCAAACCCGUCUCGGAAAUCAUCGCCCUCGACGCUUUUCCCGGUGCCGAAAAGGGAACCUACGUCAUCCGCUCGCAUACAGACGGUCAGGUCAGCAAGCCCACCAGUGUAGCUACAAACGCCGCCUUUGUACAUCUCGAUGUCGCAGUGCGCGGCUGGGAGAUUCUUUCAGCGUUCCCGCUGCAAUCGUUUACGCUGGAGCGCAGCGAGCAUCUUCGAGCUGGCGGUCCAAAACACAUUAGUGUGGCGAACCUGGGGGUCCUGGGUAAAAUGACGGGCGCGGCGGCGAUUAUCAACUCGGAUUCGUAUGUCGAGCGCAGUUCGGGGCGCUUGAGGGUUUGGUCCAGUUUGAAGGUUUUGGGCACGUUUGGAUUGUACGUCUCGGAUCUCCCUAGUCGCUCGAUCGAAAAUGACUUUUUCGCGGUACUGUUUGGACGCCCGAUCCCCCUGCAUUGUGUCAGUGUGAGUAAAGGGUGCGAGAAUGUGCUUGAGAUUGAUACGGUGAGGGCGUGGAAGGAGACGGAUUCGAAGGCUGGGUGGAGCAAUGAGGUUGUUGUUGAGGUGUUUAUUCGGUGA